UAUGGAGAACAUUCAUCGGGGUGAGCCGGAUGACGAUGGAAAUACCUUGGGAUCAAUGCGAUCCGUGGAUCCUGUUCCACAGUCGUUGAAGGAAGUCGUUGAAUUAAUGACCUCCGUGAACGGACAUUUGGAGGAUUGUGCUGUUGAAUGGCAAGCGACACUGUCCAGGAAACAGUGGAGAAUUUUAGAAGCACAAUCUACAGCUCAUACCCCGUGGGAACACUCACUACUGGCGAGAACAUAUUUCACCGAAAAAAAUCUUGAUGACGACUUCACAACAUUGAGAAUCAGUGGGAAAAAAUUUCUGGCCGAUUUGAAUAACUUCAUUGGUUUAUUGAGAGGGGAAAAUCCGCUGUUGGGCCCGAAAAAUGUUGAAAAUCAGCCCUCGGAUUCUACGAAGACUAGAAAACCUGUGACACCACUGGACCUUUCACCUCUCGCAGAUCAUAAGAACCCAGAGGAAAAUUCUAGGAGACGAAGGAGCAAAAGAUUGGCAGGAAAUGCCAUCAACACCGUUCAAGAGUCUUUUGCUGAUCUUAUAAAAGCUAAAAUUGACCUUGACACAAAAUUUCUGGGUUUUGAGGCAGCACUCAAUGGCACCGUCGCCAUCACCCCCUCUGCACCCUCCGAAGGGGCCAAGUGUUUGUGCCAAAUUUGCUCGAGUGUUUUGGGUAGCGUGAUUCAUAACAAUUAUUUUCGGAGAGAAGCUGCGAUGAAGCCAAAAGUACGCAGGGUGGCCAGGACAAAGACUAAAAGACUGCGGAAAUCGCCGAAAAUUUGGAAACGCAAUUCCGAGAGCAUCACGCAUCAAUACCCUAAAUAAUCCUCCCUGCAUUAAGCCAAUGAUAAAAAAGCCCAAUAAAUAAUCCGCAAGACACAGAACAUGCUUUUGGAAAUAAUUUAUAAACAUUCUUCGUUGAAUCAAUCGUCAUUGCACGGUCAACUUUUAUUGUUACAAUAAAAUGUGAAAUAUAUCAUUUUUUAAAUUCUCA